AGAAAUAUGGAACUGAAAAACCAAACAACUGCUACAGAGUUUCAUCUCCUUGGACUGACUGAUGAUCAUAAACUAUUGCCGCUUGUCUUCAGCAUGUUCUUGUCUAUGUAUUUUGUCACAAUUCUGGGAAACUUGCUUAUCACAGUAGCCAUCAGUUCUGGCUCUCACCUCCACACACCCAUGUACUUGUUCCUCUCCUUUCUGUCCGUUAAUGAUAUCUGUUUAAGCACAACCACAAUCCCAAAGAUGCUGAUGAACAUUGAAGCACAGGAUGACAGUAUCACUCACAUGCAAUGUCUUUCUCAAAUCUGCUUUGUCUCCAUUUUUGGUGGUAUGGAAAAUUUUCUGCUUGCAGUGAUGGCCUAUGACCGCUAUGUGGCGAUUUGUAGACCUCUGAGGUACACUAUCAUCAUGAACCAUUGUUACUGUGUCCUGCUGGUGCUAGUCUCUCAAUUCUUUAGCAUUGCUGAUGCUCUGAUCCGCAGUCUGAUGGUGCUAGCCCUGUCCUUCUGCAAAGACCUAGAGAUCCCCCACUUCUUCUGUGAACUAGCUCAGAUUAUUAAGCUUGCCUGUUCUGAUACAUUUAUGAAUAACCUUCUGAUAUUUGUUGCAGCAUUUGUGUUUGGGGGUGGUCCUGUCUGUGGAAUCUUGCUGUCAUACAUCUACAUUGUGUCUUCAAUCUUGAGAAUGCCACCCUCAGGAGGAAAGCACAAAGCUUUUUCCACCUGUGCCUCUUGUCUCUCUCUUGUUUUCUUGUUCUAUGGAACAGGUUUUGGUGUGUACAUUAGCUCUGCAUUGAAUAGUUCUCUCAGAAACACUGCAGUGGCUUCUGUGAUGUACAGUGUGGUCCCUCCAUUGCUCAACCCAUUUAUUUAUAGUCUAAGGAACAGAGACUUGAAAGAGGCCUUAAAGAAACUUGUUAGUAGAAUAGCUUGUCUAAUGUGA